AGCCCUGGAGACUAACAGUACAACAAAUCACAGCCACGUACUACUGCUGGCAGAGCGCAUCCUCAGGGAGAAGCAGGAGAAGGAGGUGCAGACUCGCUCAGCCAGCCCCAGCAACCUCAAGGCCCACUUCAGUGUAACGUCCUCCGUCUCCUGCAUCAGUGUGACGUCCUCCUGUCUCCUGCAUCAGUGUGACGUCCUCUGUCUCCUGCAUCAGUGUAACGUCUUCCUGUCUCCUGCAUCAGCAGUCGUGGGCCCACAGAGUGGACAUGCACAGGACAUCGAGGGACAGCCUGCAGCGUCCUCCAUGUCCAUGCUGGAGGGCCCCAGUCCCCGGCCGCAGCGCAGAGAACUGCUAAACGGACACCGCUCCAAAGGCUUAAUGGAGUGGGCCGCCGUGAGGACACCACACUGGGGACUCGGCACAGGGAGCCACAUCUGCUGUGUCGGGCCCUGCUUCUGCUGGCUCUGGGACCGCCAGGGCCCCACAGCGUCCACCUCAACAGCAGCCAAGCAGCGCAGCUGCCUGUUCAGGGUGGAGGAGGAUGAAGAGGAGGAGGAAGACCCGGCUCCCCUUCCGACCCAGGUGAUCCUGAGGCGUAAGCCCCCCUCCAUCACCAACCGCCUCACCUCCAGGAAGAGCGCCCCUGUGCUCAACCAGAUCUUCGAGGAGGAGGGCGAGUCUGAUGACGACUUUGAGCAAGACGAGGGCCUUCCCCCCAAACUCAGCCGUCUGAAGAUGAACAUGGGGGGGACCGCCGGGGGCCUGAGCGCCGCCGCCGCCUCUUCGUCUCCCAGCUCCACACAAAAGCGCUACCACCGCCGCAAGAGCCAGGGGAGGGGCUCGUCGUGCUCCAGCUCAGAGACCAGCGACGACGACUCGGAGAGCCACCGCCGGCGGCUGGACAAAGACUCGGGCUUCAGCUACAGCUGGAACCGGAGGGACAGCAGCGAGGGGCCGCCAGGCAGCUCGGGGGGAACCGGGGGGGGCAGCGGCUCGGGGCAGGGGGGCGGGGCCUCCGGGCCAGACAGGGGGAGUCCUCCUGCAGGGGGCGGGGGCGGAGGGGGAGGGGAUGAGGGUGGAGGGGGCAGCGGGGGAGGAGGGGGAAAUAAAGGACAGGACAGUCCCUCCAGCUGCUGCUGCAACAACAACAACAGCAGCAGCCCCACCCCCAGCUCCCUGGCACGCCCGUCCCGCGCGGCCAGCCGCGGCGGCGAGCUGGUGGAGAGCCUGAAGCUGCUGAGCCUCUGCCUCAGGGGACGGGGGGGGCAGCUGAGCAUCGACCCCGGCAGCCUAUCAGGAGGUAGCGUGAAGAUCCAGGAGAAAUCCGCCUGGAGGAUGUGCAUCAGCUCCACCGCCCAUCCCACCACCGCCCCCGCCCCCGCCCCCGCCCCCGCCCCCGCCCUGCCACGUACCCACGCAUCGCACCCCCAGCGCAGAACAGCAGCGCCCACCCCCCACCGCGCAAGGGACGCUCCCAGCAGCCUGAGGGCUCUGAAAAGCAGCAUGCUCCAACUACCUCUGUGUGAGAAGAUCUCUGUGAACAUCCAGGGGGGGGGCGGCGGGCGGGACGGCCUGCUCUGCUCAGUUGCGCCUGCUAGCUGCUGCCACGUCAUCUGAAGCUCCGCCUCCAGGGUCACAGAAGACAUCACUUCCUGUUGAGCUGUCCCCUCCAUCACGCCUGCUGUCUGUUUCCAUCUCUGUGACCAGUGGUCUUAUAUGUUGUAUAUUUUAUUUUUUAUUAUCUUAAUUCAUCUUCAAACGAGGAAGGUUUGACGUGAUGGUAGCUGGGAAACAUCAAGUCAAUGUCAACGUCAAUGUUUUUCCAUUUUUACCAUUUUAACGUGACAUGUUAGUUAGCCGGCUGCUGGAUCAUAAACGUUUUUAUGAAUCUGACAGGAAAGCUUUUAGUUCGGACUCAUAUUGCACUCAGACAAUCUGUUUGUGGUUGUUUUUAAAAAUGAUUUCUAAUGAUUGGAACCCUUUAAACGUGGACAGCAACACAGCUUCAUGUAACCCGGAGCUUUACUCCUCUGUAGCAAGAUCACGUGUGACGAUGUUACUGACCAGAUACUUCAGAUGAGCUAUUCUAAUUUUUUAUGCUUUUACUGUGUUGCUGUAGUUGCUGAUGGAGAACAUUAGUUGUGUGAUCCGUUCAGUCCGCCUGCACCACAGCGUAGCACCACGUGUGCAGUGUUUGUAUAUACAGGAUGUAAAGUUUAUUUUUAAAACUUGUACAUUUCUGCUGUUUGAGAAAGUGGGCGGGCCUGUGUGACUUGUCAUUGGUCAGAUGAAGUGUGUGUGCAGGAAGGAAAGAUCACCACUUUAAAGAGAUGGAAGAUGGAAAGGGCAAACUCUUCGGGCAUUGGCAAUAAGCUUUGCAGUGUGUUGUAGCUAUCUGUACAGAAUAAUUUUAUUAGUUUAAUUUUUUAAAUUCCAGUCAAAAAAAAGCUGUUUCAUUCUCUCUCUGCUUGUUGUCUGACUUUUCUUUUACAAAGCAAAUGUAAAUAGAGUUGUAAAUAUGGUGCUCUUUUGCUCUCUCUCUCUAUAUCUAUAUCUGCCCCCCCGAACAGCGAGUGGACUCUUUGGUGCAUAGCUGUACAGUAUCUAGCCUUAUGAUAAGUAGUCCUGCUGUAUGGCUGUCUCAGCUCCAACAUGCUGCCAGGUGGGUUUGACUGUUGUCUUACUCAGCUGGAUCCAGGUGAAUGACAUGUGCAUGUGUUUCAGUGUUUGAGACAAUCAGCCACUGAAAUGUUUCUGGACCAAAAAGGAAGAAAAAAAGAGUUUGAACUGACAGAAAUAUUCAGUGUAUUAUUCUGUAGUUGAUACCUGUUGUCAGAAGUUACUUAUAGCUAUGGUAAUAUCAAAAAUAAAAUGUGGAAUACUGUC